GGACACGGCUGGUCAGGAGCGGUUCCACACCAUCACCACAUCGUACUACCGCGGCGCCAUGGGCAUCAUGCUGGUCUAUGACAUCACCAACCCCAAGUCAUUUGACAACAUUUCCAAAUGGCUCAGAAACAUCGAUGAGCAUGCCAAUGAAGAUGUAGAGAGGAUGUUAAUAGGGAACAAGUGUGACAUGGAGGACAAGAGAAUUGUGGGUACAGACAGGGGUGAGAAUAUCGCGAAAGAGCACGGGAUUCGGUUCUUCGAGACAAGUGCCAAGGCAAAUAUCAACAUCGAGAAGGCCUUCAUGACUCUGGCAGAGGACAUACUUAGAAAGACACCAAGCAAAGACUCCGGCCCUGAGGCUGGUUCAGUUGCUGUGGGCAGGGACCAGUCGUCAGGGUUCAAACCCAGGUGCUGCAAUACAUGAGGCUGCCGUGGUCACCCAGGAAAAUCUCCUCCCCUCCCCCUCCUCCCAAACAGCCUCCACUAAUGUUAGAUCACAUGUCUUCAACCAACAUGGGAAACACUGACUAAAGGGUGCACUUGUUGUGUGUGGUGAUGCAGCCUACGCUUCAGAAAAGUGACCUGUGUAGUAAAGGGUUGCAUGUCAGUCUUGCAUUGAUGAAAAUGAAAAGGCAUUUUUGUAAAGUGGAAUGAUCUAAAAUUCCUAAAAAGGAAUUGAUCCAUGGAUUGUGACAUUAAGAUGUCCAAAGCAAAGAGUAGGGACAAUGUUCUCUGAACGAAAUGAAAGUCUUCCGGAAAUUGACUUUUAGUGUCCACCAUUGUUGUUUUCUCCGCCGUAGUUCAACGUGAAAAUGCUGCCAUAUAUUUUUGCAAGAUGAAAAGAAGACUUACAUGUGUUCGUAAAGGAAUAGUAUUCGAUUUGCUCUAAAGAAACAGCAGGGUUGCUAGGAUAUUAUUGGUAUACAAAAUGCGUGAA